CGGACUCCGGCCGCUCACUCAAAGUCGCGCGCUCGGCGUCGUUGCAUUUUCACCUCUCCUCAGCCAAAUAAGCGGCUGCUUUUGCCAAACAUCUCUUGGACAAAGUUGAAGAAGAGACGUACGGCGAUGAAGCCUCUCCCGGUGACCCUGGCUCUCCUGGCCCUCUUCCUCGCCGCCUCGUACCAGGAUCUCGCCGUGGCUGCUGCAGAUGCAGAUGCAGAUGGAGUCGGCAGCGGCGCUCCGGUCCUGGACAGCGUGUGCGAGGGCAAGUGCAAGAACCGGUGCUCGCAGAAGGUGGCCGGGCGGUGCAUGGGGCUGUGCAUGAUGUGCUGCGGCAAGUGCGCCGGCUGCGUGCCGUCGGGGCCGUUGGCCCCCAAGGACGAGUGCCCCUGCUACCGGGACAUGAAAUCACCCAAGAGCGGCCGCCCCAAAUGCCCCUAGGACUACCACCAUUCAUCUUUUUUUUUAAGGUGAAUGGGAACGUAGGAGAUGGAUCUUGACGAGCCGAGUGCGUGGGAUUUAGGGGCUCCCCUUGUUUGUAAGUUUGAUUUGUUCAGAAUAAACAACGUAGAUCUGGUUUGAGGAGGAGUGCUUCCAUGUAACGUCUUCUCGCAUUUGGGUUUCUAGACUUUGUA